CACGCGCGCACGACCAUCAUGAGCCAACAGGCGAGGAUCGACGAGAUGACCAUGCGGAUCGAGAACCCGAACCGCGUGGUCGGGUCGGGGUACAUCCAGUUCCCUCCGCAGCGGCCGUUCGCUGGGCCGCUGUUGACGCAGCCGCCCACGGUGUCGCAAAACGACUACCCGGACGAGUGGAAGAAACCCGCCGCGCCGCCGCCGCAGCGACCGCCGCCGCAGCAGCAGCAGUACCAGCAGCAGCAGUACCAGCAGCAGCAGCAGUACCAGCAGCAGCCGUACCAACAGCAGCCGCCGCAGCAGCAGUACGGACAGUACGGUCAGCAGCAGUCGUACGGAGGGUACGGCCAGCAGCAGGCGCCGCCGGUCAACAACUCGUAUCAGCAGUCGCUGCCGACGCAGUACCAGAACAGGGCGCCGCCGCCGCGGCAACAGCAGGCGGGUGGGCAGCAGCGGGCGAUGCCGCAGCCGGGGGGACGGCCGGGGCAGCGACCGGGCGCGCCCGCGCCGCGCGGCGGUCGCGGCGGCGGACGAGGACAAGGACAAGGACAACGGCCGCCUCCGCCGCAGCAGCAGCAGCAGCAGCAUCAAAACGGGCGUCCGGGCGGCGGCCAGGCGCCCCCGCGGAAGAUGCUCCCGGGCGCCGUCGUGGGGUCGCUGGUGGCGGCGGGGCCCGAGCCGGCGAAGCCGCGGACGCCUCCGAUUCGAUCCGCGGCGCCGGCGGCGGCGGCGGCGCCCGCGGCGGGCGGACCGCCGGGGGAUAAGCUGUCCAAGUCCGCGGCGAAGCGCAACCGGAAGAAGUUGCGCGAGGGGGGCGCGGCGGCGUGAUGAUCGCGAUCGACGUGACGACAUCGCCGACGCGCUCUUCGUCGCUUCGUUUCAAGGGUGGAUCGGUUGUUGAGAUUUUUUUUCCAUCUUUCCGUCCGUCCCCGUCCGGUCCGUCGUCGUCCGUCGACCGACCGCCGAGGGCGCUCGAGAGGUCGCCGUCGACGCGUAGCGAUGUCGCGGUGGCUCGAUUGAUUAUGUGAAUGAAGAGGAGAUUCCGUCG